UCAGGAUGUCUCGGUGCGUAAAGCAGUUUUAAAGAGUUGGAGACAGAGCUGCUUCAGGAUGCCUCGGCCCGGAAGGAACACCUACAGCGACCAGAAACCUCCCUAUUCCUACAUCUCUCUCACGGCCAUGGCCAUCCAGGGCUGCCCGGAGAAGAUGCUGCCGCUCAGCGAGAUCUACAAGUUCAUCAUGGACCGCUUCCCGUACUAUCGCGAGAACACGCAGCGCUGGCAGAACUCCCUGCGCCACAACCUGUCCUUCAACGACUGUUUCAUCAAGAUCCCGCGCAGGCCGGACCAGCCGGGGAAGGGCAGCUUCUGGGCUCUGCACCCGAGCUGCGGGGACAUGUUCGAGAACGGGAGUUUCCUGCGGCGCCGGAAGCGGUUCAAGCUGCUCGGAGGCCUUCUGCUCGCGGACCCUCUGACGGUCAGCAGUAAGGCUCAGGAGUUCCUCAUGCAGCAGCAGCGCGAGGCCAAGCUGCGGCUCAGCGCCCUGCACGCGCACCUGCCGCCGGGCGGCUACACGAGCUCCUUGCCGUUCAAACACCCAUUCGCGAUCGAGAACAUCAUCGCGCGAGAGUACAAGAUGCCCGGUGGCCUCGCGGGCUUCCCCCCCGCGGGGUUCCCGCUGCACCACGCGCCUCUCCCCCCGCCCUGGUCGGUGUACGGCUCCGGGAUGAUGGACAGCAGCGACUUCCCGCCCUACAGCCUGCAGACUUUUCCCGCCAUCCCCGUGCCCAUCAAGCCCCCCCACGGGCACGGGGCCAUGCUGCACGCGCACCUCCCGGCCUUCCUCGCGCACUCCCCCGCGCGGUCCCCGCAGAGCCCCCCCGGAGAGGAGCUCUCUCCCCCCGCGGGGCUGCAGGUGUCGGUGCACUGA